CUGCGCUAGCGAGUCACCCCGCCUGCUAUACUACUAGUUUACUUGCCGGCUGCUCUCCAAAACCUUUCGUCUUUUCCCCUGUCUCUGCCUACAAAGGCUCCCCACUCGCGGCCCCGGCAGAGUGCUUCCCCGCGAAGGCUGCUCCUCCGGUCCUCCCUCUCCCUUCCGCCCCGCAUUCGGCCGCCUCGGUUCGCCGGCGGCGAGAUGGCCAUCGAUCACGCGACCCCUCUCGGGCUGAAGAGCAGAGGCGCAAUGGGCGGCGGCGGCGAGUGCGACGACGGCGCGGAGAACCAGCGGUGGCCGCCGUGGCUGAAGCCGCUGCUGUCCACGAGCUUCUUCGUCCAAUGCAGGAUCCACGCGGACGCGCACAAGAGCGAGUGCAACAUGUACUGCCUCGACUGCAUGAACGGCGCGCUCUGCUCCCUCUGCCUCGCGCACCACCGCGACCACCACGCCAUCCAGAUUCGGAGGUCGUCGUACCACGACGUGAUCCGGGUGUCGGAGAUACAGAAGGUGCUGGACAUCGCCGGCGUGCAGACGUACAUCAUCAACAGCGCGCGCGUGGUGUUCCUCAACGAGCGGCCGCAGCCCCGCCCCGGGAAGGGCGUCACCAACACCUGCGAGGUCUGCGAGCGCAGCCUCCUCGACUGCUUCCGCUUCUGCUCCCUCGGAUGCAAGAUUGUCGGAACGUCCCGCGGCUACCGCCCCAGGAAGAAGUACGCCGGCGCCGGCGCCGGCGCCGGCAACAAGAACAGGAAGAGGGCGGCGCUCAAGGACGUGCGAUGCGACUCGGAGGACUCGUGCACGGGCAGCAGCGGCGGCAGCAGCGUCGUGCAGAGCUUCUCGCCGUCCACCCCGCCGCCGACCGCCGCCAGCUGCCGCCCCUGGAACAAGCGCCGCAAGGGCGUCCCGCACCGGUCCCCCUUCGGCAGCCUCAUCGUCGAGUUCUAAUUGCACUACCUCAUCACCUUGACAAUGCACCCUGUACUGUACACAUGACAUAGCCCAGCCCAGAAGGAAUAACCGUGCGCCUCUGGACGUGGAGGUCGGCCGGCUGGCCGGCGCGAACGCCGGCGAAGGGCGGGAGCGGUAAGAACACACCUAGCGUUUCUGCUAUAGACCUAUAGUUGUUCGCUUCUUUCAGGUUUUAGUAGUUUACAGUUACAGUUGCUAGUCACUACUAUAGGCAGUAAGCCAGUAAGGUAGCUGCUAGCCUGCUACUUACAGCAACGUUCUAAGUUUUGCAGCCUUGUACAUUGUAAUAUACCGCUACUUACUCCCCAAAUGCUAGAUGUAUAUAUUGAUAUUCUGUCAACAGUGUGGGGUAGGAAUGUAGGAUGCAGUGAGCGCGAGGUGGUCGUGUGUUGAUCAUCAGCACUGUAAAAGAAAUAAGAAAUGCUGCUCCUCGGAAUCA